UGGUCCGUCGCCGUCCAACCCGGAGGGAGCCUGGCAGCGGAGGAGCGAGGGUUGUCUCAGUCUCAGGAGGAUGUUGGAAAACUUAAACAUGGAGGAAUGAACUGUUUUUGUAGUGGAUUUGAUCUGUUCUUGGCGCAGAACUCUUUAGUUCAGUUGGGAGAUGAUUCUGCAUCGAUUUAGAGAUGGUCUUCCCCUGAUGAAUCUUAUUAAAUUGAGAGCAGUUCCUAUUCUACAGCAGCUGCAUUUGGAGGAAAGGCUGCUCAGGAGCUCAUCGGAUAAUUGGUGCAUUAUUAAUGAUGGAACAAAUCGUCCUAAUAUAGUCAUGGGGAUAUCUGGGAGACCUUCAGAACUUAUUGAUCUAAAGUCCGUGCUUCGUGAUCAUGUUCCUGUGAUUAGAAGGUUUUCUGGAGGAGGAACUGUCAUUGUUGAUGAUGGGACAAUUUUUGUCACUUUUAUUUGCAAUAAGGAUGCUAUUCCUGGGCUGCAGCCAUAUCCUCACCCUAUUAUGUCUUGGACAGGCCAGUUGUAUGGGGAUGUGCUUCAUGGGUUUGGUGAUUUCCAUCUCCAAGAAAAUGAUUAUGCAUUCAGUACUCACAAGUUUGGUGGAAAUGCUCAAUCCAUAACUAAAAAUCGAUGGGUCCACCACACAUCAUUUUUAUGGGAUUAUGAUAUCAACAAUAUGGAAUACCUGAAACUUCCCUCGCGAGCUCCCAAGUAUCGAUCUGCAAGGCCCCAUGUUGAGUUCUUAUGUCGAAUGAAGGAAUAUGUGCCAUCCAGAUCAACUUUCAUUGAGAGAACCCUUGCAGCUCUUGGAAACCACUUCUCAGUUAAAUCCAUUCAGCAGGAUAGAGUAAUUGAUCCUUCCGGUACAUUACACUGCGGUUCAAAGCUGUUGACCAGGCAGGAGCUGGAGGAGGCAUAUUCAUCUCUGUGUGAAAAACUUCAGAUGGCACCUAUUCCUGUAUAAUUUUUUAACAGAUGCUGAUGCAUAUUUUUUCCCCAAUUGAUUGACUACUUUUCCCAGAGAAAUUGCCUUUCCAUUGCUUCUCAGAAUCCUAAUUAUUGUAUCGUGUGUCUAAUUGUUUUUCUAUUCAUUAAUUUAAAGUUUUGCUCUGCAUAUUGUGCAGCAGACC